GCUCCGCGUACAACUUCUAUGCGGACAAAUGAUUACCUCGAAGAAACCCAUAAAAGCCGCAGUUAAAAGCUCAUUCUGCUCCCGAUUGCCCGUUUCAAUCCGAAAUCCACAAGCUUCUUUCGGGCCGUAACGGAACUCUGCUUUCGAUCUUCUGGUGUUUCCCUGAGUGUUGAAUCCCGUCGUUGCCGCCUGAGAUUGGACUUGGCAAAAUGGCUGAUGAGGAGGAAAAAGAUGGUACCUCUUCCCGUGGAGCUGACUGGGAGGUUGUUGCUUUAACUUCCUCAACUUAUGCUGCUGCCCCUGGACCAGAUGCUGAUCAACCAGAUGAUCCUAGAGAUAAAGAAUUCCAACGAGAACACGAUUCAUCAAAUACAAUGUUCAUGUCGGAGCACUUUGUAUUCCCUCCUCAUGAGCAUGAAAAUCUUCCAAUAGAAUCGGACUCUGGUGAAAUCCAUGAUCAAACCGGAUGUCUUGGCAUUCUUCCUACCGAGGAAGAAAAUAAUUAUCUUGAUGAAUUUGAUGAAGAUAGUUCAGAAGCUGAGCCCCCUAUUCACAACAUGGAGUCUCAAGAAAGCCAAACGCAUAGUUUUUCCCUUGCCGGAAUAGAAAGUAGACAAAUGAUUCCUCCUGAUGAUGAGAAUGAUAUUUCUGAGAUCUAUGAUCCUUCUAAUAAGCUCAAUGAUAUGCCACCAGAUUUUGCCAAUCAUGGGAAAAUAAGUGAUGGAAAUGAUGGUCAAUCUGGCCUUCCUUGUGAAGUAUGGUGGAAAAGACAUGCUUUAUCAUUGUGCAAGCAAGUAAAAGAAACCAAUACAUUUUGGUCGAUUUUCAUGGCUGCUGCUGUAAUGGGUCUUUUAGUUCUAGGAAAACAAUGGAAAAGGGAGAAAUUGCAGCUUCAGCAACUUAGAUGGCAGUUUAGCAACACCAAUGAGAGAAUGGGCCGUUUGCUGGGAUCGGUUAACCGGUUUAAAUAUGCCUUUGUUAGCGGUCAUCGACACGGUUCUUUGAUCCAUGGUGGUGCUGCUGCUGCCAAUCUAUGAUUGCUUUCAUGCUGCUCCUAACUGGUAUCUGAUUCUAUUAGAGUUUAUUCUCUGCGUGAUGGCUGGAGAAGGCUUGUAAUUUAGAGUUUGUUUGGCAUCUGCAAUAGUGCUGCUGCUUUGUAGAAGAAAAUGGAGUAGGUAUUGGUGAGCUCCAGGUGUGGCAUUUCUUGGCAGAGCUUCCAUUGCUUGAAUAUUUUUUAUUUUGGUGCUUUUGUUGAUGUAAAUUGAGGACUGUAACAUGAAGCUUCAGAAAAGGACCUGGGUGAGUACAAUUAGAUUGACAUUUUUCUCAGAUUGUGUAGAUAGUUUUGAUGCAAUUUUUUUAGCAUAUUAUUCAAACGUUUUGUUUGGCCGAAUUUAUUCAGCAUUAGAUUGCAAUAAGAUGUGGCUUCUUAGGUCCAUAGUCUCUA